AUGGAUGGCCCUGUGCCGAGCGAGUCGGCCCCGGAGACUGCCGCCUCGAGCGUGCCGUCCGUGCCUCCGACAAUCCAGUCGUCACCGUCGCCUGAGGGCGCAAUGGUGGAUAUUGAGCUGUCCGGAAAGCGCGCCGUCCACGAAGGCUAUGUGACGUGGUUGAAGCCGUGGUUUGACUUGUCGCAGUCGGAGUACUACCGUCGUUGCAAGGCAUGCCUUAUUUCUUACAUGUGUCUGAAUUUUGCGUGCGUUCGUGUGUUGGAGCUCGCAUCGCUCGAGUUGCGGUCGAUGUAUCGCAGUGCCAUGUGCCGAAUGGGUAUCAUGCAUUGGCUACCCGAGGAGACCCUCGACGUGUCAAUUACAGGACAGGAUCCACAGGGCGACCCCGCCGACGAGGCGCCAAAAGACUUCCUCUCUCCUCUCCAGGCUGAUAACGCUAUUCCAAGCAUUCCUAUGGGGGAGAUGGACGUUAAAAGCGCGCUCAUCAGUGCUGAUGGUGGUGACACGACGGAUAAUUUCGGCUUGGGCGCGUUGGAGGGAUAUUGUGACACUAACCACCACGUCUUCUUGACUUUGCGCAACAUGUGGCACGCCCCCGAUUUGUAUGCCCCGUUUUGGAUAAAUGUGAUGAUGUCUGGGUCGCUUUUUAAGAUUUACGCCUUGCACCAGUAUUACAACGGCAUCGUCGGCAACGUCCUAUCGCUGUCGAUGCUACUUUACUUCAUGGUCAUUUGCUGGUCGUGUUCGUUUUUGAUGGCGGUAGCGAUUUACCUUUGCAGGAUUUUUGUUUGCGGUAGUGAGGGUCGCACUAACUUUUUGCCUUUGCUUUCGGUUUCUGGGUACAUGCGUAUCCCUCUGGCCAUUUUUUGCAAGGUGAUCGUGUGGAUUUCAGUGGCUAGGGUGUACAUGCCGUCUCUAUCUGGUUUGAUAUACUUUUUGCAGUACCUGACGUACGCGUACUUCUGCGCGUCCACUUCUGCAACGGUGUGCUUAUUCCUUCCGCCGUCUCCCGACCCUGCAAAGGACACGGUGCUCAAGGUGACAACUGCGAUUGUUACGUGCCUUGUUCAGACGUCAUAUUUCUACUGGAUUGAGGUUUACGUCUGA